AUGGUGAAAAUGUCCAACGUGAAUGUGUUUCUGUCCUUGUGGGCUGGACCCUCCAACCAGUCUAACCCAUUGAGACUAAACCAGCCACCUUACUGCAGCCUGCCUCCUCCUCUCAGGGCUCGCGUGAACUGCCCACAUCACUUCCCACUGACGGUGAAGGACCUGGAUGGGGACACGGUGCGCUGUCGCUUUGCCCGGGCUGACCUUGGAGAAUGCCUUGACUGCCCCCAGCACAAUUUUCUGAAGAUGGAGGAGGAGUCGUGUACGCUGUUGUACAAUGGUAAAUCAUCCGCUGGCCAAUACUCUGUGCAGCUGAUGGUGGAGGACUUUCCAAGUCAAACCCAAACCGCCAAACCCAAAGCACUCAGUUCCAUCCCACUGCACCUGUCCCUUACAGUGGAGGAGGCGUCCUCAAGCUGCAUUUCCGAGCUGGUCACUACAGGACUAACACCAACAGGCGGAGCCACCAUCUACGUUCUGCCCUACGAGCAGAUCAACGUGUCUGUCACCUUUUGUUCUGACCUAGAGAGCGUAUCAGAGAUAGUGAUGGUUGGUCCCCCUGGCCUCUUCAGGACAGCGCUGGAAACCAAAGGUUCCCUGGCCACCAUGAAUCUCACAUGGAUCCGGGGCCCCAAUAACCUGCCUCCUCUUUUGCCACUUUGUUUCAUGGCCAACACCAACAGUUUGCAGUCUGAACCAAGAUGUGUGUGGCUUUACCAAAGACAGAUGGAGACCAUUCCCACUGGAACAGCGCUAGAAGUCCCACCUAUUAUUUGUAUUAUUUCUCUCCUCCCAGAGCUGACAUGUGGGAAGACUGAGAUUAAUCUGGUUCUCCCCAUUUCCACCCUGAAGAACCUGAUUGUGUCAGAGCUCCAGCUCAACCACCCUUCCUGUAGUGUCACCUCCAACUCCACCCAUGUGAUGGCCCGCAUCUCUCUGACUGGCUGCGGCACUAAGAGAGUGCACUCUGGUUCAGAGAUGGUGUACACCAACACCCUGCGAAGCGUGCGCACCACCGUCAUCAGUCGGCUGCCCACCUUGAUUAUGCCGCUCGCCUGCCGUUUCCCCGGGGUCGAGGCCAAGGGCCCGCGGUACGCCAUCAACAUGCCGUCGGAGCAGGAGACCUUCGGCAUCGUCAAGUUCUGGUUGGAGUUCUACCGGCCUGGGGAGGGGCCCAUGGCUAAAAGCACCAAAUUCCCCAUGUUCCGACACCUCCUCCCUCCCUCCCAGCGUGUCCGCCGAGAGACGUCGGUCCGCACCGCGAGCAGGCUGGACACACUGGACCUGCAUGUGUUCUCCAACACCUCUCUGGACAGGGCAGAGCUGAUGGUGGGCAAGUGCAUGGAGUCCGAGACAGAAGACAUGGCUGACAGCUUCUAUAUCCUGGAACAGGGGUGUACGGCUGGAAAUGGAACCCUGGAGAUUCUGACCUCAACCUCCACUGCCAGGGUGUACCGAAUCGACCUGAGCACUAUCAACACUAAAGGAACCACGAUGUACGUGGAGUGUACAGUGUAUCUCUGUGUCACCACGAGGCCCUCUCAGAAGUGUCCUGAUCAGUGUGACAGGGACAGCAGCAACCAGGUAACGGUUGACAACAUGCUGACCAGGAGCUAUAGCGUCCGCUCCGGCCCCGUUAGACUCGUACCCACCACCGCUGCACUGGCAACCACCACUGUGUUCACAACUACCAUCCCCACCGCCACUAGUACCACAGCAGCACCAACUACCACAGCCUCAAAUGCUCCAGCUGAGGACUCAACCAUGGCAGUGGGCGUGGUCUUGGCUGUCGUUCAUGUCUUUCUUCAAGGCCUACUUCAUCACUGAAGAAACAAGGCUUAGAAUACCUAUGAUGUUAAAUUGUAGCUCUCAUGUGGAUUUCUGCAUACUAAUUGACAUCAUUUAAAGCACACAUCACAAGAAGCCAAUGGAAUUAGUGAUAUGACACACUUCUUACUUUGAAUGGGCCUUUUGAAUAUUUUUCAAGAUACUUAUUUUUGUACAGUAUACUCCCCAUGAUGGUUUCUACAUUUCCCCAGAGGACAUUAGUAUGAAAUUUGUGCAUGUAAAGCAUGAAACACUGAGAAUCUCA